UUGUCUUAGUGGAGUUUUCAAUUUUGUCGUCAUGGAAUUUGACAGUGGAAUUAAAAUUACACAUGUGUUUACUGAACCUUCUAUAAACAAAAUUACAUUGAUCCAUUUAAGAUGAGGUUAGUUAGAUACCCCACUUUCAUUGUACACAAAUAAAGGGAAUACAAACUUGCAGUGGAGAAAGCUAAUCAAAUAUUUACAGAAAGAACUUUGCUACAAUACUCAGGUCAAGUAUGAUUCUUGUGUUCUAGAUUAAAAAAAAUGCAGGUUAACUCUAUCUUACAAGAUCCAUGAUGAUUUUCGCGGUAUAGAAUUGGGGGAAAAUACACAAUUCAUGUUUGGAUACACAUGGAAAAUCACAGUAACGUCAAAAUCACCUUAGACAGCCUUUAAAGCUAAGAAAAAUUAAUUCUGUCACAGUAAUUUUGGCUCACCUUAAUUUUUCAUUUUAUAUCCAAACACACAUGCAUAGAACUUAGAAGACUAAACGACAAUGACUUAGCCAUCAUUUUCAUUUUUCAUCGACUUGGUCAUCAACGUAACUAUACCAUGCACCAUACGGCUCUAGAGUCAAGUCUUCAUCAAGCUAGUUUUCCACACUAGAAUUAGACUGUGAACAAUGUCUGCCACAUUAUAAUGAGAUGAGAUAUCACCCCUCUUCAGUCAUCAGUGAUCAAACCAAGUAUGACACUUCCUCUGCAUAACUAUGCUCUAGCCAUUUUGCUUUUGGCCACAAUCCCAUUUGAGGGAACCAAUGGCUCCAACCUCAAAUCCCUUCACUUCUCUCUAUUUCAACAUGAAACCAUAAACAAAACAGCAUAUGUCAUAGUGAAUGGAGUGGAAGGAUCAGGAUUCACUGACACCACAGCCCCUUUUGGCACUCUUGCUGUCUUUCAGGACUCUUUGACUGUGACAGCAAAUAGAUCCUCCAAACUUGUUGGAAUUGCAGAGGGAACUGCCAUCACCUCUAGCCUCGACGGGCUUCGAUGCAUUUCAAUUGCCAAGCUAACUUUGCGUCUGAAAAAUCACAGAGGUUCUGUUUCCAUUGUUGGAGGCACUAAUAAUGCCAAGCCUUCAGAUCAUCCAGUAGUUGGAGGCACUGAAGAUUUCUUGUUUGUGCAAGGCUAUAUUACCACUUCACCUGUUGAUGUAAAGGGUGUUUCAGUUGUCUACAAGAUUGAGUUUCAUCUUUACUGGCCUCCAUAUGCAACUCAGACCUCAUAGACCUACUUUAUAUGGUCAAAUAACUUUAUCUUAGUCAGAUUAAUAGUGUUUAAAAUAAGUGAGUCGAGAAUUACACUCAUUUUUUUACAUGAAUUUUAUAAAUAAUAGACUCAGCACUUUCUGUUCCUCUAUUAUGGAGAUUGUGCGAAGUAGUACAUCAUUAGGAUUGUUCCUCUAUUAUUGAAAAAACGCUUAUGGAUACUCAUAAAUUUAUUUAA